AUGAAAAUUGUUCUUCAAACUUUAGACAGCCUUAAAAAAAAUAUAGGUUUAAUUAAAGGUGAUAUCAUAAAUAUUGUUAAUAUGUUUGAUACCACCCAAAGUAAUAGCAACCAAGAUUUAAUUUCUAUCAUUACUCCAUCUUUAUCCAUUCCAGAAGGGAAUAAAACUAGUAUCAUCAAUGACUUAUACACUGGAGACCAGAAUGAGUCAUCGAAUCAAAGCGAUUUAGAACUAAUUACUAAUAUUAUUGAUGACUUAUACACUGAACCAAUUACUAGUAUCAUUAAUAAUUUAUACAGUAGUAACCAGAAAUAUAUCGAUGAUUUAAUUAAUUUAGAACUAUUGAACAGAAACAAUACCAUUCUACAAAAAUACUCUAAUAAUGGCCAUGAUUCCUAUCAUGUCCAAGAUGGGAUUCCAGUAAGUGGAACUCAAGUGAGUGAGACUCAAGUAAAGAAACUAAUGUCAACAGAACAGCAUAUUCAAAUUAUUAACACAAUGGAGCAGCCUGUGACAAUGCUAGAAUUUUCAGAUUUGCUAGAUUUUGUAUCUCAUUUCAAUAAUGAAGAUACUCAAAGAUUUAUUACUGCUACUGACAACUUGUUUACUAGAAUAACUCCAAUUGCUGAUAAUAAUUCUUCAAGCAAAACCAUUCUCAAUAUUACUGAUGCUAUACAAUUAGAGGUGGCAUACAUGUAUGCAUAUAUAUACUGUGAAUGUGCAAAACUCGCUCUUACUGCUAUACCUACAACUGGUUGA